CUCCCGCACGGAGACGGGCAGGGCGAAGCAGGCGAACAAAAAACAGAGAAAGAAAGCGAGAGGGACGGGGGCACCGUGCGACCAUGGCCGUUUUCACCGGGACCGAUCACAGUACGGAGCGGGGUGCUUUCCCGGAUUAUUGAUUGACGCGUUUUUUUUUAAAGUAAACGAUCCGCUCCCCCCGGCCCUGGUUCUGGGUCCGAUGGCCCGCGCUGUGUGUGGAUGAGUGGGCCCAGCGCCUGGAGACGAGUGAGCGAGCGUGAAGCCGAGGAAGAGCCGCCAUCGCCAUGACGCUGUCGACGGUGCUGGCGAAGGCUCUGUUUGACAAUGUGGCAGAGAGCGCGGAGGAGCUGGCCUUCAGGAAGGGGGAUAUCCUGAUGGUGCUGGAGCAGGACAGCAGUGGUCCUGGCUGGUGGCUCUGCUCACUGCAUGGCCGACAGGGUAUCGCACCGGCCAAUCGGCUGCGUCUCCUCAACACCUCCCAGCCGUGCCCCGCCCCCAACGCAGACCCCGCCUCCGCCUACCUCUGCCCCUCCUCCUGCCCCGCCACCCGUCCCGCCGCUGAAGACUCUGUGUACCUGUCACCUGGCCCGGUGCCUCGGGUCGCCCAGCUGGAGCCCCCUGCGGGUGGAGACGUGGGGGAAGGGGUGUACCUGUCCCCCCCCAGCCUGGGUGCCCCGCCCCGUGGCGAGGGCCGGCCCCGGACCCGCUCCAGCUCCAGCUCCCGUCCACGGCCGGACUGGGAGGUGGGUGUGACCGGUCGAGCACGCUCCCCCUCCCUCAGGGGCCGAGGGGCGGAUGCAGGCACCCCCAAACAUCAGAGCCUGUACCAGACCCCCCCCAGCCCCAUCCCUGCUGCCACCCAGCCACCCGGGGGGUACCCCAACUCCCGCGGGGGACCCCUGUCUGAGUCCGUGUACCUGGCCCCCAGCGGGAUUCCGCGGGUGGCCCCUGAAGGCCCUGCCCAGCCCCGUGGAGCAGAGACGGACACCUACCUGGUCCCUCGAGAAGCCGUCGGGGUGGGCAAUUCAGAAGGGUGCUACCUCGUGCCCAGGGUCACUGUGAUGCCCAGCGAAGAGGUAUACCAAACUCCAACGGGGGGUGGGGCCGUGGCAGGCCCCGCCCCAGUCACACCCGCUGGCACAGGGAAUGCUGCAGGCAGCUCCACCCGUGAUGUGUGCCCCACCCAUGGUCCAGGGCCCAAGAAGACCCCCCUGCCCCCCUCCUCAAAUGGAGUAGCCCUCCUUCCUCAGGCUGUGGGGCAGGAGGCCCCUGGGCUGUACCAGACCCCUUCUCUGCGAGGGGGUCUACCCAAAACUCCUCAGAAUGAGCGGAAACUCCCCAGGGAGGGCGCAGUGCCCAGCGGUGCCCCUUCCCCAGCAGGGGGGUCAGUCCGACACACCCCCACUCCUGCUCAGGGGUCCCCCCGACCACAGGGCCCCCCCGGUGCUGUGGGUAAGGCCGUGCCCCCCACCCCCCCCGGCGGCCGCGGGAAACUGCCCCAGGCCUCCGUCAGGAACUCGCCUGUCCUGCCGAGAGCGGGGCGUGGCAGGGUGCAGGGGUCCCCAAACUUCGCCCGCAAGCCUCCGCCCCCUGCACCGCCGGUUAGAGGGGUCACCAAGAAGGACACGCCCCCAUCUGUCCCUCCUGGGGCUACCUCAAACCAGGAGGGGCAGAAGGAUGGGAGGAUGGAGGAAGAAAACAAGAAAACUAAGAAGAAAGUGUCUGAGGAGGGAGAGUACGAAGAGCCAGAUGACGAGAUUCUCAGCAACCAGGUGUAUGACACACCUCCAACCAGCAGGUGGCAGCACACGGUAGCACCAGCAGCCUGUGAGGAUGACAGCAUCUAUAACACCCCCCGUGUCCUCCCCCCACAGGCUGACCAAGGGUCAGAGGUCUACGAUGUCCCCACACUGCCACUGGCCAUUACAUCAGGCACCCUUCAGGAAACCUACAGUAUCCCAGCAGCCCUUGCAGUAGGAAGCGAGACGGAGGAGGAUGUGUACAGUGUCCCCUCCCUCCCUGGGCUGUCAGUGGGGCCGAGCGAGCUGUCCCCUGGCUCCGGGGGCGAGGUGGAACAGGGCCAGCUGUACUCGGUGCCAGGAUCAGGCAGGCGGGCGGACAUGGUGCUGUUCUCUGAGGAGCCACACGAGGGCGCCGAGUCGGAGUGCGGCAUCUACGACAUGCCUGCCCUGACGGUGGACGCGCCGACCUCCUCCACACGCCGCUCCUCCGUCUCCAGCACCAGCUCGGGGGACGUCCAGUGGAGGAGCUCCCUCUCUGCCCUCAUCCAGUCUGCUCUGAACUCCACCUCCCUCUCUGCGACCUCCCGUGACCUGGCCACCUCAUUGGCCGACAUCCUGUCUGUCUGGAAGGCCAGCCAAGAGUCGGAGGCUCCCCUGCCUGUCCAGCAGGCCUGGUCCCGCCUCUCUGAUCUGCUCCCCGCCCUCUCUGUGGGUAGCUCCUCCCCUCCUUCUGAGGCUUUGCUGUCAUUGGUCCGCCGGGCCCUGGAGGACUCCGCCUCCCUCUUACAGAGCCAGGCUGUCCCUGCGCUGGGCCGGCCUCGCCUCCCUUCUCAGGAGUCCCUGUCACGGCGGCCACUGCCGGCGCUGCCAGUGGCUGAGGUGAAGCCUCUGACCGUGGGCAUGGGGGGCCGCAAGGGCAGCUGGAUCCAGGAGAGACCCCUCCCUCCCCCGCCCCCUCCCAGCUUCCCGCUGCCCCCUGCGCCCCCACAACUCAUCCCCACCAAUGGGCAGCCGGAGGAGGAGGACUUUGGGAAUGAGUACGCAGGGAUUGGUCUAACUGCUACCCCGCCCCCCACCUGCAGUGGGGCCGACAGUGGAGGAUAUGUGAAGCUGCAGGGGAAGCUGGCACCGUCUGUGCCCAUCCCCACAGAGAACACCCCUCCCCCAGCUGACCCCCCCUCGGCAGAGCAGCGGUCCAGCCCGUCCCCUCCGCUGCCGGUCUCUCUCUCCCUGGAGGACUUGGAGCUGCUGUCCUUCUACUCCACACAGAGCCUGUCUCACCUGUCCUGCCUGGCCAACUCUAUCGAGGACCUCUUCACCAGUGUGCAGGGGAACAAGCCGCCCCGCGACUUUGUUUCCAGGGGGAAGAGCUUGAUCGUGACGGCCCAUAAGCUGGUGUUCAUCGGGGACACGCUGUCCCGUCUGCUGUCUUCCCCCGACCUCAGGGCAAAGGUCACCACCUCAGGAGGGCGGCUGUGUCAGGCCCUGAAAGCAGUUGUCGUGGCAACCAAGGGAGCAGCCCAGAAUUACCCAUCAGUCCCUGCCACGCAGGAAAUGGUGGACCGCGUGGCCGAGCUAUCCCAGCAUGCCGCGGGAUUCUCCACACUGCUGCAGCGACUCGCGGAUAUAUCCUGAAGCCUUCAUUAUAAACAUCUUCCCUUUAAAUGCCUUUUGUGUUAUUAAAGUAUUAUUCUGUUUUGGUUGUAUGGUUUGAAGGUGGAGGGAGUUCAGCUGUUUGUGUCUGAAGCAGUGAGUCUGAAGGAGCCGCUGAGUGUGGUCAAG